AUGGCCUCGGUGCCCCUGGGAGAAGGGAGGGGCCCAGGGUUUUGCCGAAUCUGCCUGAGGGGGCGGGCCCAGAAACGGUCCAGCAGUAAGUCGCAUUCUCCCGAUGGCCGGACCCUGAGUCCUGCCACCCCGGGCUACAGAGACAGCUUUGCCCAAGAGGCCAAGGUCAUUGCGGAGCAGCUGCAAGGUCACGGGGGAGCAGAUGUAUCCACCAUUGAGGCUGAGCUCCCACCUUCAGACUUGACAUCCUCUGCUUCUUUUCUGGACCCAACACCCAGUGCCCAGGGCCAGGGCCAGGGCCAAGGCCAGGAGAGUGUCAGCCCACUUUCUCCCCCUCCUCCAGACUCGGAGGAACCUUCCCUGCUCUCCCCCAGUGCCCUGGACCUUCUGUUUCUCAAAGGGCCGUCAGCCUUGGAGGAGGCUGCCAGUCCUGCCGACCUGGGCAGAUGGCAGCUUAACGUGACCAUGGAGCUCCCUAGCCCAGCUCCUGAUGCCUUACAGGCUGGCGAGCCUUCUGCCUUGGCCCCCAAAAGUCCACCAACCCCCCAGGUAAGCACUGAGCUCAACAAGACCUGUCUGCUUCGCUCAGGUGCUCCUCCCCAAGAAGCAGCCCAGCCAGAAUGCGGCCCCGCCCUGGAAGAAAGAGCCGGCAGGGACCUCUCUGAUGUGCCGGGCAAUAAGACUUUUUCAUUUAGCCCGGCUGCUGCCUUUGUGACCUCCACACCACACAGCGGAGGUGCAGCUUCCGGGGGGCUGAAACUGCUCCAGGGAGUUUCUGGCUUCAACUUCCCAGAGAGCCCCGCAGCUCAAGAAGCACCCAGGAUGGCCCAAGCAGAGCAGCCCAGUGCCAGACGCUCCCAGGGGCCUCUGGCCUCUGCUGGCAACCUGCCCAAGGCCCUCCCAAAAAGUGGCCCUUUGGGGAAGGUGGUCCAGGAGAAACGAUCCCUGGGUGGGGCCUCUCUCGCCGUAUCCAGGAGGGGGUAUCAGGGCCAUCCUUUCCCAGGGCAGAAGAGAUGGUCAGCCAUCCCCUACAAAGCCUCUGGCUUGCCUGUCCUGCUGAAGGGCAGGAAUAGUGAGGCGGGCAGGAUGAAGGAAGCAGAACCGCCAGCCAAAGCAGGGAAUAGCCCCCCCCCAGCAGCCAAGGUAUCUCAACUGCUCCACAGCAAAUCAGUGCCACCUCGACUCUCCUUGCAUCAGAGAGGCUCCAGUCUCCGAGACCCCAAGUCCAGGGACCCCCAGGCCGCUCGAAGUUCCAGGUCUUUGGUCCCUACCCAGGGCGCCCGUUCCAGAGUCCCCUCUAAGACAGUUCUAGAUGUGCAGCCCCACCAGCAGGACAGGAAGCUCCAACCUUCUCCAGGGCCCUCAUGCCCCCAGUGCCUUGUGCUGCAGAAGCAAGUAGAGGACCUCAAAAGCCAGCUAGCUGCCUUGCAGUGCCUUAGUGGGGAGCUCCAGGGCCUCCAAGGCUUGGUCCAGGAUCCAUCCACAGCAAAUGCCGGGGACACCACCUGAAUGCUGGGGCCCCAAGACUCCAGGGCCCUCUCCUCCUGAGGUUGGCCCUACCCCAGAGCCUUUCCAGGUUCUCCUUGUCUCCUGACUCCACCCCCACUUCCAUUCCCCAUCCUAGUCCACUGGAUCGAAGAAGCACAUGGGUGGGGUUUGGCCAGUUCUCAGUAGAGAGCUCGCUGGGGCCCUGUUUCUGCAGGAUGCUAGCACUCUGCUGAGUGGUUGGCCCCAACCCCACUUGAGACUCCACCCCCCCCCCAACUUAGGUGGAUUGCCGUUGUCUUUGAAGGUGUAAGGAAGACAUACCAGCAGAGCUGGGUUGGAGGUUCACAUCUGACACUUCACUAGCCACGUUACUCUGGUCAGGUCACCUAACCUCUGAGUUCCUCGUUUAUAAAAUGAGGCCAAUGAUAGCUUCCUGCCAUUACCCCAGUUGUUGUGACAUUCAAACAAGAUGGAUUUCGUUCUAAAGGGCUUGGAGCCCUUGAGCAUUGAGAGGAGUUUGCUCACUGGGAGUUCCCCCCUCACCUGAUGGCUUGUCUGGCCUCCUCCUACUUGCCCACAGUUCUCUUCUAGAAGCCGGCCUUUUCCUCUCCUUUGGAGGAACUCCAAACUUGGCCCACUCCUCCAUCCGUCCAUCCGUCUGUCCGUCUCUCCCUCCCUAUUUUGUUGGAAGUGUUGCCAAGUAGGAGGGUCCUCCCAGACCAUCCUUUGUACAGGUGAGGGGAAGCUAAGUGGCUUGCCCAAGGUCACCCAGUUAGUAAGCCUCACACUUGGGCCCAGGGCCCCACAUUUCCCAGUUGAGGCUCAAGAGACCAACUUGGAAGUGAUCUCAGUAGGUCAGGCCAGAAUGAGAAAGGCCUAGACCAUAGCGGUGGCAGCUGGAGUGGAAAAGAUGGGCGCAGAUCCCCAAAGCAGGCUAGCUAGAAUUGGGCCUUCGAUUUGUCCUGGGAGUGGGGGAGGUGUUGGCGGGACCAGGUGAGGCUAUCUGCCAGAAGGCUGGCACGGUGGUGCUAGAGAUGGGGCUCCAUCAAGGAUUCCGGAGGACACAGUGCCUCUGGCUGCUUGAUGGAGGGGCCCAGUGGGUCCAUGAGGUGGGGGGGGGGUUGUCAGGGGUUCCCAACAAUUCCCCACUUUGAGAGCACCUGUUCUUUGUUGCUAUCCUUGUUCAUGUUAAAUAAUAAAGAACAAUG